GUUGACAGCAGGCAAGCGAAUACGAGAGCUCAGGGAGGACUAAAAUCUGAAUGGUGAGAGGACCUCUCCUUUCAGAAAUGGACACAUCUGGCAGAGACAUAAAAUAACUCACCGGGGAACAGAUUGAUAGUUUCUUGUUUGAUUGUUUGUUUUGUUGAGAAUGCACAUGCAAUUCAAGAUAGCCAACAAGCUUCAGAGGUCUGAGUGAGGAGCUGGAUGGUUGACUAAGCUGUGGAGGGACAUUUAGCUCUGAGUAACUCAGCUACACUAGGCGUACAGGUGGAUUGUGAUCUGGUUGGGAUGGCAGAGGGCGGCACCGCUCCCCCACCCCAGGUCUUUGUGGUGGACACCCAGGCCAGCUACAUAUCUACACCCAGGGACAAGAAAUCAUCAUGGGCCAGAGCAGGCCAGAAGAUCCUCUUCCUACUCCUGGGAUUGUUGGUGCUGGGCGUCUUAGUAGAAGGAUAUCUGAUCUACAUACUUUACCAAAGGACUGCGUCCUUUUCUCACUGUGGUUCUAAUAUGCCGUGCCGUAACUUGACCCACACACUGGGGUCUGAAAAUCAGGAUGGCAGAACAUCAAGUCAGAGACAAACAAAAGAAUCCAAUGAGAUUCCUCCACAUGUGACAAAGAAAAGGCCUUUUGCUCACUUGUUGGGUUCUGAGCAUCCGGUCGGCGAUAAUAAUGUAGUGCUGUGGAACUCACUGGCUCAGCACGACAGUGUAAACAUAGAGUACAACAAUGGCCGACUGAUAAUCAAGGAAGAAGGCCACUACUACGUGUACUCCAGGGUGGAAUUAGAUGUUUCAAAGGAUACUACGCCCAUCUUCCACAAGAUCAUGAAAACAUCUAGUGGCUAUGGGAAAGAAAUUGAACUUCUGAAGGCCACCAGUAGCCACUGCGUACAUAAAAAUCCUGCUAAUUGUGCAGCCGAAGACAUAAGGAGCAGUUUCCUGGCUGGAAUUUUCCACCUGCAAGAAGACGAUAAAAUUUUUGUCACACUGAGCAACGUAGAAAAACUGCAUCGAAGCGCCAAUGGAAACUCUCUCGGGGCUUUUAUGAUAGAACCAUAGACAACUACAGAGAGACCUCUGUGGCUGGUUCUUUGACCGAUGUUUAUUUGUUAUGCAAGAGUCAUAAUCUAAUAUAUAUACUACACCUGAUGGAUGUAAUUCUGAGAACAAUGGAAAAACAAAUAGUUUUGAAAUUAAAGUAUCUGACAUUCAGAUGACAUACUAUAUAUAUAUAUAUUUGCAACUGUAAUUUUACUGAAUA